ACGACAGUCUCUCUGACGACCGUUCCUUUCGGGCAACAGUCGCACAUUCUCGGAAACAGCAAAAAAAUGGCUGUAAGAAACCACACUCAGGAAAUAUCCCAAUGUGGAAUCAGAUCGCUGUAAUAAUUCAUGUGGCGGUGGCGGUGGGGAUUUUUAACUCCAGCUUACAAUCCAUCAAUCCUCGUCAUUUUCAGUCGCCUAUCCUCCUGUUUCUUUUCUUUUUCGUUUUUAAAGAUCUAAAGAAACCCGAUGCUGUAGCUCAUUCAGACACAGCUUGAAAUUUAGGGGAAAAGAGGCCUGAAUUGUUGUCUGAGAUUCGAGGAAGAAAGAAGAAGAAGAAGAAGAGAUGGUGAUCAUUACUGAGGAGAUGAUUAAACAGUUUCAAACCCUAAUGGAGAAAGCUGAUGAGCCACUGAAGGAUACUUUCCAGAAAAUGCACGACGGGCAUCCGAGGGAGAAUUUGGUGAGGUUUCUUAAAGCAAGAGACGGAAAUGUUGCGAAUGCGCAUAAAAUGCUGAUCGACUCUUUAAACUGGAGAUUACAAAACGGAAUUGAUCAUAUACUUACGAAACCGAUUAAUCCUAGCGAUCUGUACCGCGCGAUACGGGAUUCUCAGCUUACGGGAAUGUCUGGAUACUCGAAAGACGGACUCCCCGUUUUUGCCGUUGGCGUCGGUCGCAGUACGUACGACAAAGCAUCGAUGAACUACUACAUUCAAUCGCACAUCCAGAUGAACGAAUACAGAGAUCGCGUGAUUAUGCCUUCUGCGACGAAGAAAUUCGGUCGGUAUAUCAACACGUGCAUAAAGAUUCUCGACAUGACUGGUUUGAAGAUAUCUGCAUUGAAUCAAAUGAAGUUGCUGUCGGCAAUAUCCACAGUUGAUGACCUCAACUAUCCCGAGAAGACGGAGACUUAUUACAUUGUCAACGCCCCGUAUAUAUUCUCCGCGUGUUGGAAGGUUGUUAGGCCUCUUUUGCAAGAAAGAACAAAGAAAAAGGUGCAAGUUUUGUCGGGAUCGGGAAGAGAUGAGUUGUUAAAGAUCAUGGACUUCGACUCGCUCCCGCAUUUCUGCCGUAGAGAUGGGUCGGGCUCGUCCCGUAAUUCCCGGGACGGAACGGAGAGCGAUUGUUUCUCACUAGACCACCCGUUCCAUCGGGAAAUGUACGCUUAUGUUAAGGAGCAGGCAGCCCGGGUCGAGCCAGUUGCGCCGGUGAGACACGCCUCGUUCCAUGUCAAUGUUCCGGAACCCGACCCGGAGGACCUGAAAAUUGCUCGAACGAUAGAGUGUGAGUUUCAGAGACUCGGGAAUCAAAAUGGGGUUUCCCAUUGAUCGAUUCCGAUGAAUACAUAGAUACAUACAUACACAUAUAUAUAUAUGUUCGAUUGGAUCGACGGUUGGAAUAACUUCUCCGAUCGCAUCGUUUCAAUGCGAUCGACCACUUUUUUUUUUUUUUUGAGAUUUUGAUUAUGUGCACUUCUUUUGUAUUCAUGAAUAUAAUGAGCUUGAAAUUUAUUUUUGACUAUAUAUUUUGUUAGUAAGAUGUAAA